AUGCCGGCCGAGUUCAUCUCUCUAGCAUUCCCCAACCCCUCAACCGAGCUCGCGCCUAUCCCAGGCGCUGGCAUUGACCCAGACUUCCUCAAGCGAUACGCCCGCAACCUAGACGAAUAUGGUUUCACCUACACCCUCCAGCCCUACGACUCCUCCUCCUUCGACCCCUUCACGACAGGCGCAACAAUCGCCUCAGCCACCAAAAAUUUGAAGGUGAUCAUCGCUUUACGCCCAAACACCCUCUACCCAACGGUCGCAGCGAAAGCGCUCGCGACUCUCGAUCAGCUGUCCCAAGGCCGAGCCGUGGUGCAUUUCAUCGCAGGAGGAAACGACGCCGAGCAGGCCAAAGAAGGAGACUUUUUGAGCAAAGACGAAAGAUACGAGCGGCAGGAAGAGUACAUCAAGAUCCUUCGGCGUGCGUGGGAAUCUGCGGAACCCUUCGAUUGGAAUGGGAAAUACUACCAAUUCAAACAUUUCUCGAAUCGCGUUCGACCGUUAGCUCGGGAGGGGAAUUGUUUUGGCAAGCAUCAGAUUCCCGUGUCUGUUGGUGGGAGUUCGGAUGAGGCGUAUAGGAUUGGGGGCGAGCUUGCGGAUAUUUUUGGGCUUUGGGGGGAGCCUUUGAAGGAGACGAAGGAGCAGAUUGAUAGAGUCUACGCCUGGGCUGCGAAGGCGGGGAGGAGAGAUCGCCCGAGGAUCUGGGUUACUUUUCGUCCUAUUGGGGCGGAAACUGAGGAGCUGGCUUGGAUCAAGGCGCAUAAUACUCUGGAUAAGCUGAAGAGUAAUAUUGCUGCUGGUCAAGGCAAGACCGGUCAGGCUGGUCCAUCGCCCCAGAAUGUUGGCUCGCAAAGACUUCUUGAGAUUGCGAAGAAGGGUGAGGUGCAGGAUCGAGCACUGUGGUAUCCUACUGUUACGGCCACGAAUGCAAGAGGUGCUUCCACCGCUCUUGUUGGCUCGUGGCAAACCCUUGUGGACUCCAUCUUGGACUAUGUUGACCUUGGGUGCGAUUUGAUCUCUAUUCGCGGCUAUGACAACCUCAAUGAUGCCAUUGAUUACGGCAGAUAUAUCUUGCCGAAGGUUAGGGCUGAGCUGGAGAAAAGAGAGGGCGUGGAUGGUGCGUACAAGGCUAAUGGAGAAGCUCUGCAGGUGAGAGAUGGGUAG